GCUGUUCUUGCGCCUUGUUCAAUUGCUCCCUCUCUCUCUCUCUCUCUCUCCUCUCUCCUCCUCUCUUUCUAGCAGCCUGUCUCAGCACAAGCACAAGCACCCGCCGCCACAGAAACAAUGCUGCCACUCGCGCGCAGCAGCCUGCUCGCGCUCUGCUGCAUCCUCUUCAGCACGCUCAGCGCGGCGCAAACGGCCACAGCACCAGCACCGGCCUCCAACGCCGCGACGACGACGUCCGCAAGCCCCACCUCAUCACCCUCUUCGUCCUUCGCAACCGCCUCGGCCUCGCGCAACACCACCACCACCACCGGCCGCACGAGCACCACCUCCAGCAGCGCAUUCGACCCCUCGGCCCCGCCCGACGUCUACCUCAACGUGCCGCGCCUGCACGUCGGCCGCAUCGAGCUGGACGUCGACGACCUGCGCGCCGACAUCAACCUGAACGCUGUCGUGGCGCGAGGGCUCGUGAGCAUAAACGCGGGGGUGGCCGUCAGCGUGCAGAAAGUGAACAUCACGAUCGCAGACGUGGACGCUGAGCUCGAGCUGGUUGUACGACUGGGCCAUCUCGUCGACAUUGUGAACCGCGUCUUCGACAGCCUGGACCUGAACCCCCUGCUCAUCAGCACGGUCAGCAACGUCACCAGCAUCCUGGACGACGUAGUUGUCGGCGCCGUCGACGGCCUGCUCGGCAGUGUCACGCAGGGCGGCACGAAGCUGUCGUUCUUGGUUGACAAUCUCGGCAAUAUCGUCCAGGAGGUGACGGGCGGCGCGGAUGGCGCUGUCAGCUCGAUUGUCGGGAACUACAAGGCGAAUAUGACGGAGACGGGCGCCCAGCAGAGCUUGGGCGACGGGUACGUCAAGAAGACGUUUUCGUACUCGCCGCUGAACGCGCUCGUCGACAUUGUGUUUGAUUCCGCGGGGAGGGUCGUGCAGGCCGUGGUGCAGGGGAAGGGGGGGAGCGGCGGUGGUAGUGGGAGUGGGAGUCAGACGAGUUCGUCGGCCGCGGGGACGAGUACGGUCGGGGGGACGAGUACGCCUGUUGCUAGAUAGAUAGGGUGGGUUUCAGGGAGUAGGCGGGCAGUGGGAUGGGUUUUAAAUCCUCGCCGAAGUAACCACCGCUCCCCGGACAUGUUUUUUACAUAGCUGCGAGCGCACAAUCUCGCUUCAUAGGCACAGAUGCUAAUUGGGUAGAGCUUGAUUAGGCUGGAAGUUAUGAAACCUAUCCAGUGUUUCUCGGCUGCGAAACAUUCUGAAAGGCAGGCUAUCGCGUGUCUGAGGACGGCUUAUGUACCCUUUUUCUGGUUCGGUGUCUCGGUUCCGGAAGACCAUCUGAAAUCCCGGUUGUUGUACGUUCUUGGUUCAUUAUCCUGGGAUAAGUAUUGCUUUGCUUGGCUUGAGGAGAGGACCUGGAGGUUUUGGACAAAUGUAAAUAUGGAUGCAGACUCUUUUUCUUGGGACAUGUUGCUCACCAAAGAAGCUUUAAUUCCGUCUGCGCUACAAUCACAGUUUGGAGUAGGCGACGAAGCAAGAGCAGCAGUUACAGCGGC